CGGUCAGGAAGAAUUUCAGAACAAUCUCUGUCUGUACUCUGGCGCCCUCCUCUCCUUCAGGCCGCCUAGUGAACUACUCUUCUCUGUCGGGUGUCCACUGAGUGACUGCAGCUGGAGAGACAAUAACUGUCUGCCACACAGCCUGAACUCGUUUCACCAUGGAUCAGCAUCAGGACUUAAACUCGAGCAUGGAUGGCCACGCCGCCCUGCAAUUAAACUCUGGGGAGACCAUGGCCUCGGCUGCCCUGGCCAACAUGACCCUGAAGGAACCCCAGGACCAGCAGGAGGUUAAGAAGCCUAACGGGAUGCCAGACGCACACAUGGGACCUGGGGACAUGAAAGAAGAUUUGCUGGAGCUGUCACCUGAACUGAAAUCACAGCCUCAAGCACCAGUGUCAGAGGUCUCUGUGUCUAAGAGCGCCCUCUCGGCUACCGGAGGGACGACCACUACAGGUCAAGAGGAGCUCACCGCGUCGCUCAGCCCCACGCCAGAAGGCCUCAGUCCCGCCACAGAGAGCGGCCGCAGUAGCAGGUCCGGCUUUGCCGACGGUGGGAUUGAAGACGGGGAGAGGGCUGGCUCGGUGAGCCCCCGGGCGUCUCCUUCAGCCCCUGAAGCCCCAAUCGAGAGGGACACUCCAAGGCUCUUCUCCCCAGACUCGCUGGGGUCUGAGCUGAAGAGGAGCCCGUCUGACAAGGUCUCUGAUGUCUCUGUGGGCCACAGCCUGAGCGGCUCUGGGUCUGAGGACGAGGAUGAGAAGGACGUAUGUGAGAGCAAGGAGGCGCCUACCUCUGCCUAUGAAGACAGGAUCAGUCCUGGGAAGCCUCAGAGCCCUCUCUUCACAGAAAAGGAGAGGACGAAAGAGCAGGAGGAUGAAGAAAAAGAGGAGGAUAGCGACGAGGAAGAGGAUGAAGAAGAGGAAGAGAGAACAGAGGUGUCAACGAUCCGCAGGAGGCCACGGCGGGAAGCCAGCUCAGAAGAGGAAGAGCAGGAGAAAGAUGAAGCUCGCGCCCCUGUCAUUCCCGUUGCCAUGACCCUGGAGGAAGCCAAGCAGCGCGUCCUGUCCUUUGACUACACAGAGCCUGAGGGACAACCCCCUGGUCAGGGCAUCCCUGCAGGGUGGCAGAACGGAGCAGACAAGACCCCCCCAGAGAGCAAGAGCCCUGACUCCAACAGGGCCGACCCUGGAUCUCCCUUCUCCCCUAGCACCGCAGCCGACCGGACCCAGGACGAGUCUCCUCUCAUCGAGCACCAGCCAGACCCCCGCGACGAGGUGGAGCAGGGGACGGAGGAGGAGGUGCAGGAGGAAGAGGAGGUGCAGGAGAAGGUAGCUAGUCCUCUGCCCAUGAUUGCUGUGCCCCAGAUGGAGGUUGAGCCCGUCCAGAAGGAUGAUGAGCCUGUGAAGACCUCAAAGGACACUCAAGGCCAAUACCUGAAGUCUGCAGACGAGGACGUCAUCGCAGCGGUGACAGCAGCUCAGUCGGUGACCAAAGCCAAACCUGCAGAAGUCAAACCUGCAGAAACGAAGCCUAAGGCUGGCAAGCCUGCUAGUGGCCCCAAAAGUGAUGCCAAAGGAGGUGCUCCUACAGCAGCCAAAGGUCCGGUCAGGAAAGAUAAGAAAGUGACCGCUACUGCUGUUGCACCUCCCCCCAAGACCACCGCCGCUAAAACUCAGAAAGCACCCCCAAAAGAUGCCGCCCCACCGGGCAGAAAAGCAAAUGUUCCAGGUGCCCAGCUCAAAGCCAAGGCUGGUGCAGGGCCUGGGAAAGAAGCAGCUGAGAAAAAGACAUCCAACGCCACCACACCUGCCAAAGCAUCCACCCCCAAACGACCCUCCUCGGUCCAAACCACCCCCAACAAAAAGCCUUGGUCCUCUUCCUCUGCCCCAGCCUGCAACACUAGCAGGCCCAGCUCAAUAUUUAAACCCAGUCCAUGCAGUGCAGGAGCCAGAGAACCCAGGCCAAGGACUGGAGAUGGAAAGACCCCCAGCACCAGGACACCAGGUGCUAAACCCCAGGGUGCUGGGACCAGGAUGCAGACCAAGACCACUGCUGGAGUUGAUUCCCCCAAGACGCCCCAAGACCGUAGUGGCUACAGCAGCCCCAACACACCCAAGUCCCCCGCCAGCCGUGAGGUGAAGAAGGUGGCGGUGGUGCGGACCCCUCCUAAAUCCCCUGGGUCCAUCAGGGGGCGCAGUCCAGUGCCUCUGGCCGCCCCAAUGCCUGACCUGAAGAACGUCCGGUCAAAGAUUGGCUCCACAGAGAACAUCAAGCACUCGCCUGGUGGAGGACGGGUGCAAAUAGUUGAGAAGAAGAUGGAUUUAAGUAACGUUCAGUCAAAGUGUGGCUCCAAAGCCAAUCUCAAGUAUACCCCAGGAGGUGGCAAUGUUCAAAUUACUCACAAAAAGAUUGACCUAAGCAACGUACAGUCAAAGUGUGGAUCGAAGGCCAACAUUCACCACAAACCAGGUGGAGGCAAUGUGGAGAUCAAAUCGGAGAAGUUGGACUUCAAGGUUCAGUCUAAGAUUGGAUCCAUGGACAACGUUGGUCAUGUGGCUGGAGGUGGCGGACGGAAGAUUGAAAGCCACAAGCUGAGUUUCCGUGAGACGGCGAAAGCCCGCACCGACCACGGAGCGGAGAUUGUCCCCGUGGAGAUCAUCACAGGCGGCUCACCCGCCCGUCUUCUCAGCAACGUGUCAUCCCCCGGCAGCCAGAACAUGACAGAGACGCCGCCGCUGUCCAUGCUAGCCGACCAGGUUUCCGCCUCCCUCGCCAAGCAAGGCCUGUGAUUCGACCACGUCCCUCCCUGAAAAAGCAUUGUAGGUUACCAAGGGAACCAACUGUGUGAUAAAAAAGAAACGAAGAGAAAAAGAAGCACCUCACAGUCUCUCCCUUCGACCUUGAAAUUGAAAAUCGCUCGCAGGAUUUGCCGACGGGGGAUAUCAGUCUGGGCAAAGUGGUCCGUUAAUGAUCAGCUGUUUCUUGAUAGUUAGAUAGACACCGGUAAUGAAAACCUAUAUGUGACAGAAAAGCAACAGUAUUCAAUUCCUAUAAACACGCAGCCAGGCCCUAUAAAGACAUUUACCCUACUUUCCAUUUACAGUGCAUUUCAUUGGGCUACUCAAUUUGAACGCAAAAUCUCGCAUGAAAAUAUUGCACAUUGCUUUGCUCAUUGCCAUGCUGUGGAUGUUUUAAUUAGAUAAUUUAGGCCUUAAAAUGUGAAGUAGCCAAAGACUCAACUCUUUUCUCAACUAGAAAAAGUCAGCUAAAUUAAAGUAACACUGUACUAUACCAUUCAAACAAGGUCAAGUGCCAAAUAGACCGUUGCCCUUUCGUGCUUAAAUCACUCCGAUAUUCCCCAGUUGAGAAAUCCGCGAAGAUUUAUUUACGGGAUUCUUAAAUUCGAACGUUGUCGUAAACAGUUGCUGUGAUGUAUUGAAUAUCGUGUAAGUAAUGCAAAUUAACUCUGCCUUUGAAAUGAUUAAAAUGCACAUUGUUUGUGAAAUUAUAAAAUUAAAAUAAAUCAUGAGAAUGACAAUUACCUACAAGUCUAUUACCCAAAGUAUUUGACUUAGAGUUAAAGCCCAUGUCCAGUUCAAAACAUUUCAA